AUGAAACUGCCCAGCGAUGGCGGCGGGCGGGGCGGGCGGCAGGACUACUCCUUCAAGGUGGUGCUGCUGGGGGAAGGCUGCGUGGGGAAGACUCGCUGGUGCUGCGAUACUGCGAGAACAAGUUCAACGACAAACACAUCACCACCUCUACAGGCGUCCUUCCUCACAAAGAAGCUCAACAUCACGGGGAAGAGAGUUAAUCUGGCUAUCUGGGACACAGCAGGUCAGGAGCGUUUUCAUGCGUUAGGUCCCAUCUACUACAGAGACUCCAAUGGAGCCAUUCUAGUGUACGACAUAACAGACGAAGACUCCUUCCAGAAGGUGAAGAACUGGGUGAAAGAGUUGAGGAAAAUGUUGGGGAACGAGAUUUGUUUAUGUAUAGUAGGUAAUAAAAUCGAUUUGGACAAAGACAGACACGUUUCGGUGGAAGAGGCUGAGAGUUAUGCAGAGUCGGUGGGAGCCAAACACUACCACACAUCAGCCAAGCUAAACAAAGGCAUCGAGGAGCUCUUCCUGGAUCUCUGUAAAAGGAUGAUGGAAACGGCUCAGGCUGAGGAGAGGUUGAAGGGCAACGGAGCCAGCCAAUCAGCAUCAAGUCGGCGGGGCGUACAGAUUGUCGACGACGAACCGCAAGCCACGCCCGCCGGAGGAUGCUGCUCUUCUGGCUAACACACACACACACACACACUCUGUCAUACACACACACACACAUUUACAAGCGUCUCUGUCGGGUUUUUCUUUUUGCCGCCUCUGCUGCUAAGGAGCAUGGGAAAAAAAAAAUCACGUUUAAAAUUGUUGCCUUUCAAAAUAAAAGCGGCUCGUGGUUAAGCAGCACUUUGACGCUUCAACUUCCUGAAUUCGAGUCGAUAAGUGAAUCAGCUGUUUGUGUCUCCGCAUCAAUAAAAGAGUUUUAGGACAGCAGAGGGUUAUUUACUUUGUUUUUUUGAUUUUAUUUGGGGGAAAUCUCUCGAGGGGUAACACACACAUCCAAACACACACUGUAUAAACCUCCAUUAAUCAUAUUUAUCUCAAACCCAGAGGAGCAGCUCCACCUGCUGGACUGGAGUCAAACAGUAAACGACCGUCGGGAGUUCUGGAGUGGACAUGAAGCUUCGGCAGUCGGACUUUGUCCCGUUUGUCGUGCCAUCGGCUCUAAGCUGAACUCAAGGUCCGCUUCGUGGUCUCUCCCUGAGCUUUCCGCCACAGUUCAGUGUUUCUGUGCUGAAAGCUGAGGACGAGGGAAGACGCAGCGUGUUACUAUAGACCUGGAAAUGUCAGAACUCACCCUUGAAUCCUUGAAAGUCAUUAAAAAACUCAGCUCAUUAAAUUUAGACGUUAAAAAUGUUUCCAGUUUUCUUAUAAACAAUAAAACAAACUUAAAAAAAUCUAAUUUAGCAAUAAAAUAAAAAAAAUUCUCAACGAAAGCAUCAAAAAUGUGUCUUACUUAAAAACACAAAAGUUCAUAAAUAAUGAUUAAAAACAGAAAAGCCGCAAUCUUAAAUUUUCUGUCAAUAAAAUGAAAUAAAAUAAUUUAAAGAUUAACAGCAAAUAUGAAAAACUGCCAACAUUAAAUCAAAUUAAAGCUGCAACAACAAUAAAUUGUCACAAAGAAAACUGGAUAAUCGAUGAGUCGUCAAAUCAUUUUUUUUAUCCUAAAUUUGAUUAAAUUUUAACAAACAUCAAAAAACGAGUUCGACAAAAUUAUUUUACGUUUAAUCGAUAAAAUAUCGCUGAGGAAAGUCUCUAAAUUUGUCGAUUUCGUCUUGGAAAUUCGGAAACAAAAAUCCAGCAGACAUUAAUUCUCUUUCUAAUCGAUUAACUGAGUUUCAGCUCUGAAACAUAAUAAUGCAUUCCUCGACGUCGUGCAGCUGCUCCUCUACGCGACACAUUAACACACACACACACACACACACACACACACACACACACACACUCCUGGACAGAAAUAAUACUGUGCAUGUUUGAUUUCUGUAAAAGGCUUCUCGUUUGUUUGUUUUACUUUUAAAAGAAAUGAUGAAUAAAAAAACAACAAAAGUGAACAGCGAUUAUUUAAUAAGUUAUCUUCGCGUGGUGACGGACGCCUGCACGUGAAGUUUUCCUCUGUACUCUCACUGUGUAACUGUUAAUCUGCUCACUGACCACAAAUCUGCAAACUUUCUGACUUUCUGGGAAAAUUGACGCUUACAGAAGAGAAAUCAAACUGUUCUGUUCAUUCUGGAAAAAUGGGGGAAAAAGUAGUGCACUUUUUUUGGAAAUGUAAUUUUUUAAACUGCUCGUGUCAAAAGUGUUUUUGUAAAGAUGAUAGAACAAUUAUAACGAUUUACACAACGCA